CUGCAGUUGGGACUAAAGGCCGUUCUGAGCCCUCCAGUGUGGGUACGGAGACCCCAGCCUGGGUCCCCUGCAGGAGCAUUAUGCUUUUACCCACUGAGUUCCUUUUGCUUUGUUUUUUUAAUCUGGACUCGAUCGCGAGCUCUCCUUUGGCUGGAGAAAGAGGAGGCACGCUCAGCCUCUCACUCCUGCCUUGACCAGGCGUGCACCACAGUUAGGAUACGGGCAAAAAUCCUUCCUAAGCAGGAGGACCUCCAGCUGAAUACACUAAACGAGGAACCUGUUCCUCCCGCCAUGCUGCCUCUUGGUAGACAGCAUGGCCACCUUUGUUGUGGCUCAAGGAUAUAUCUUCUCUCUUGUUGCCAGAACCAUUCGUCACAUAUACACUGAAAAUAGGAAACGAUUAAUUCCAGGGGUCAGGGUUGGGUUCUAUAUAUCAACAUUAGAGAGUAGGAGUUUGUAAAACUAACUCCAAUAUUCCUUGCUGCGGGCGAAACCCUUUAUUAAACCUUGUUGCAGGCCUGCUGUUGCCGGAGCUGGAAGACCCAAACUGAGCUUAGCCCACGUGCCGCGCUGUUGGGUGGGGGCUGCGCAGCCGCAGUAGGAGGGUCUGGGCCUGUACUACGGGGCAACAACCGACCGUUCUGGCAUCAACCGUCUUCCUCCCUCACCCGGUUAACUUCAUCCACCUGAAUAAGCAGCCAUGGCCUGGGCUGCGGGCAUCCUGCGAGCCAGCAAAAGAGUGAGUGCAGCUGGAGUGGAUCUCAGGGACCUGAGCAUAGCUCUGCGGCCCAGUCGGGUGCUGCGUGUGCCUCUCAGCCGGGCCUGGUGGAGCGUCACUCCCACAUCCACCAUGUCGACCCUGAAGGGUGAACUUAUCCAGCACUUCAGCUCCGAAGAGCCCAUUCUCCACAACAAGGUUUCCAUUAUAGGAACUGGGUCAGUCGGCAUGGCCUGUGCCAUCAGCAUUAUAGCGAAAGGCUUGACUGAUGAGCUUGCCCUUGUUGACAGCAAUGAAGAAAAAAUGAAGGGUGAGACGAUGGAUCUCCAGCAUGGCAGUGUCUUCAUGAAAAUGCCAAAAAUUGUUUGCAGCAAAGAUUUCCAUGUCACUGCCAACUCGGAGGUAGUGGUUAUCACAGCAGGUGCACGCCAGGCGAAAGACGAAACGCGCCUGAAUUUAGUCCAGCGGAACGUAGCCAUCUUUAAGGUGAUGAUCGCCAGUAUUGUCAAACACAGCCCCCGCUGCAAAUUGAUUGUCGUUUCCAAUCCAGUGGAUAUCUUAACGUAUGUAACCUGGAAACUGAGCGGGUUUCCCAAAAACCGUAUUAUUGGAAGUGGCUGCAACCUAGAUACUGCUCGCUUCCGUUACAUGCUUGGCGAGAAGCUUGGGAUUCACUCUGAAAGCUGCCACGGGUGGGUCCUUGGGGAGCAUGGAGACUCAAGUGUCCCCGUGUGGAGUGGAGUGAACAUUGCUGGGGUCCCUCUGAAAGAGCUGAAUUCCGCCAUAGGAACUAGCAAAGACCCCGAGCAGUGGGGAAAUGUCCACAAAGAAGUGAUUGCCAGUGCCUAUAAGAUUAUCAAAAUGAAAGGUUAUACCUCCUGGGCCAUUGGCCUGUCCGUAGCUGAUAUUGCAGAAAGUAUUCUGAAGAAUCUCAGGAAAACACAUCCAGUCUCCACCAAAAUUAAAGGUCUCUACGGAAUAAAAGAAGAGGUGUUUCUCAGUGUGCCUUGUAUCCUGGGAGAAAAUGGCAUCUCCGAUAUUAUAAAGGUGAAGCUGAGCCCCACAGAGGAAGCCCAGAUGGUGAAGAGUGCAGAAACACUUUGGAAAAUUCAGAAGGAUAUCAAGUUUUAAGCCAGCCCUGUAAAGAUGCCGAAGACAACAGAUGCAGUAUAUGCGGAUGUGCCGUGAACUGGGGUUCUGAAGGUUGGCGGUCUCUGGUUUGGUCUCCUGUUGUGUGGCAUCCAGCUGCCAGGUGACUUUGCCUUUUCAGUUCUGAGUGAUUGCAUUAAAGGUAUUUUUGGUGUUUCAAGUACUGGUUCUUGCCUGUUGGUGUGGUGUUCAAGAAAUUGAUUCGUAAGAACACAUACUGGUCCAUUCUGGUUGGUACAUUUAU